CUUAGUGUGUGGUCGGCGAGGGCGUGUGUGUCCCCGGUCCUGUGAACAUAAGAGUGUAGCACCAGCACGCCUGUGGCCGCCAUCCCCACCACCACGGACACACCUCAAUCACUUGGCGCCAUGACAGCAGUGGAGCUGGAGCAGGAGGAGGAGAUCAACGUGGACGGUGACAGUCGGCCCGGCUCCCCCGACCCGCCGCUCUGCCCCACCGCCCUCCGCCUCUCCGAUCCCCGCGCUGCCCCGAUGCCCAAACCUGCCGCUAACGCCGCCAGGCUUUCCUUCAGUAUCUCGGCGCUCCUCGGGGACAAAGAUCGUACCAGUGACGAGGAGGACAGACGAGUUGAGACUGAUGACGAGGAUGACCAUGACGACGACCACGACGACGAGGAGAGUUACGAAGAAGUGGUGGACGACUACCACGGUGGGUACGCCGCCCUGGCCGGCCUCCCGCCCCACUACGGCCCGCUGGCAGGGGGAGCGCCCACGGUGUUAAGAGUUCCAGCCCACAGACCUAUGGGCAUGGGGUACCCAGGGCUGGUCGGGCUCGCGGGCGGCCACCCUUGGAUGCCUGGCCUGCCCGUGUCGCCGUUUGAUCGUCCCACCGCCCUGGCGCCCCACUACCCUACCCUGGACAGACUCACAGGACCCUUCCCUCUAUCACGUCGUGUGGGUCACCCCUACCAGAGCCGGACGCCUCCUAAACGCAAGAAGCCCCGCACCUCCUUCACCAGAGUACAGGUGAACGAGCUAGAGAAGCGCUUCAACAAACAGAAGUACCUGGCGUCGAGCGAGAGAGCCCAACUGGCCAAACAACUCAACAUGACAGAUGCUCAGGUCAAGACGUGGUUUCAGAACAGGAGAACCAAAUGGAGAAGACAAGCGGCGGAGGAGCGUGAGGCUGAGAGACAGGCCACCAACCGCCUCAUGAUGUCACUACAGGCGGAGGCACUGUCGAAGGGCCUCCUCACCGACCCACCCACCACGCCCCUCUACAACUCUAACGCCUCCCUCUGCGCCCUCGAGAACAUCAAACCGUGGGCGGAGAGGAACAAACCCACUCCCACGCCCACCGGCCCCGAGCAGGAUCCUUAUGGUAGCACCCCUGUUGUCUCCCCGACCUGUUCUUGAAGUUACCCAGUGCAGGUCUUUCCCCCCUGCUCGCUCACGUCGCCAUAGUCUGCCAUAUACCACUACCUCCUGCUGCUCCUCGACGCCUGGAGAUGAUGCGUCCUCACUUCAACGCCUGGAGAUGAUGGUACCUUACUUCAAUGCCUGGAGAUGAUGCGUCCUCACUUCAACGCCUGGAGAUAAUGGUCCUCACUUCAACGCCUGGAGAUAAUGGUCCUCACUUCAACGCCUGGAGAUAAUGGUCUUCACUUCAACGCCUGGAGAUAAUGGUCCUCACUUCAACGCCUGGAGAUAAUGGUCCUCACUUCAACGCCUGGAGAUAAUGGUCUUCACUUCAACGCCUCCAUCUAGACUUGACGGAUCUUGACGUUGAAAGUCUGGGCUGGUCUGUGCUUCCCAAUGUUUACUUCCAGACUUGACCGAGUAGACGACUUUGCUUUCACUCAAUACAGACUGACUUGUGUUGACGUCUAGUAUUGACUUACUUAGGCGUCUACAUAUGAAGUUUUUGGCUUCCUCUGCUCCACGUCUUGAAGUCAAGCCCAGCGUUUUCGAAGUCACGACCAGAGUCUUCUAAGUUAUUCACAUACAUCCGCUCCUGACGUCUUGAACACUGGACCCACCUCGAUGUUCACCAUGACUGAGGAACAAAACAAACACUAACUCUCUCACACCUGUUCCGCCAGAUGUGAAUUAGUGUUGAUUUCUACGCACGGAUAUUUCCCUCUUGCUAACCUAUACUAUUCUCUCCGGAUACCUUCACAACCGAGUAACAACCGACUGACUGACAUGUUGUAAGAAGCAAGUUAUUACAACACACCUCUACAGUCCUCCAUUAAUUGUUGUUACUCUAGUGCUAAUUACUCAUCCCACACCAAACUCUCCUUUUAUCCUAAUGAUAGUUAAUCAAAUGGCUUAAUUGCCCCUCCCUUGAGUUGUGUGGGUGUACAGUGGCGCCAUCACUCUCCCCGCAGACGCCUGGAAUUACAUAUUUUACAUUAACUCGUCAAGUUGAGACAGUUUUUAUUAAAGCUAUAUUGUGAUUGUGUGGCAUUAUAUCUUUACCAUAUGAUUGUUAACCGUCUAUAAUAAUAAUAAUAAUAAUAAUAAUAAUAAUGAUAAUAAUAAUAAUGAUAAUAAUAAUAAUAAUAAUAAUAAUAAUGAUGCACCGAGUGAUUACAAGGGAGAGUGUUUUAGAACUGUUCCCUCAGGUGGGUCAACUGUAUUUACUGUACUGUACCUGGUUCUUUCAACAGGUAAAUGUCAAAUCAUCUUACCUGGCCAAUCAGGUUAAUUACUGCGGUUUAUAUCUCAUUUUACCUGUUCCAAAUUAGUUGAUAUUACUGUGAUCUUGCGUCCAAUUAGUUUCCAGAUUAUAUUACCUGUUGUUCCCAGCUAUAACACCUGAGUACCAGGUGACCUCUCCCCCCCCCCUCCCCCUUCACCUAAUAAAAACAUUUCAUCCACCUUAGGGGAAAUUUCUCAAGACUUUUCUCUCCCUACAAGAAGUUUCUUCCUGAUCACAACUUAGUUAAGAUCCGCGACCGAUCAAAUGUAAAUGUGUUUGUGAUCGACUCAGCGGUGUUUGUGUGUAGGUGUACGUGAUAUAAUAAUAAUAAAACAAACCUUGUUGAUGUACAUUUUGUACAAAGUUAAAAAGAAAAAAAAGUUUGUAAAUUAUUUGUAUAUAACGAAAUGUAAUGCUCAUGCUGAUCUAAAUGUGUUUCUGUAUUAAAUUAUGUAAAUAAAGGAAAUAAUUACAA